AUGGCUGUAUUCUUCUUUUCCACUCGUUUUCUCUUCUUCUCCACCAUCAUCUCCAUCCUCGUCUCUAUCGCUCUCUAUCAACUCGACACCUUUGACCCAGCUCCAUUUCCUUCAGAUGCAUUAGCCUCCGCUACGACCUCAAUCCCGCCGCUGCUCAACGACGGAAUUCUCGACGGAGCUGAGUUUGUCGGCGACGGUCUUCUCAAUCGCCCCGAGGAUAUCGCAUAUCACCGAGACUCUGGCCUCAUCUAUACUGGCUGUGCAGAUGGAUGGGUGAAACGAGUCAAAGUUCUCGACUCAGCUAAUGACUCGGUCGUUGAGGAUUGGGUUCAUACCGGCGGUAGACCGCUCGGCAUCGCUUUUGGACUUCACGGCGAGGUCAUCGUCGCAGACGCUUACAAGGGGCUGUUGAACAUAAGCGGUGACGGGAAGAAGACGGAAUUGUUGACGGAGGAAGCGGAGGGAGUGAGAUUCAAGGUUACCGAUGCAGUCGCCGUUGGGGAUAACGGCGUUUUGUAUUUCACAGAUGGUUCUUAUAAAUACAAUUUCCAACAGUGUGUCUUUGACAUUUUGGAAGGCAAACCUCAUGGCCGUCUCAUGAGCUUUGACCCCACUACAAGAGUCACACGUGUCCUCCUCAGAGACCUUUAUUUCGCUAAUGGUGUCUCCAUGUCUCCUGAUCAAACCCAUCUCGUCUUCUGCGAAACACACAUUAGAAGAUGCAGUAAGUAUUAUAUCAAUGGAGGGCGUGUUGAGGUGUUUAUUCAAGGCUUACCCGGUUUUCCAGAUAACAUCCGGUACGAUGGAGAUGGACAUUACUGGAUUGCGAUGCCUACGACAGUAACAACGUUGUGGAAGCUCUUGAUGAAGUACCCCUUCUUGAGGAAAAUCACAGAUAUGACGGUUAAGUACGGUUUCAAUCCCAUAGGUUUGGAGAAUGCUGGAGUUUUGCAGGUGGAUUUGGAUGGGAAUCCAAUUGCAUUGUACCGUGAUCAUAAACUCUCUCACAUAACCACUGGAGUCAAAAUUGGGAAUCAUCUCUAUUGUGGGAGCCUCUUGCAUUCACAUAUAAUGCGACUCGAUCUCCUGAAAUAUCCUGCACAGAAGUGGCUUUAA